GGAAGUUAAGCCUUAAGCCGACCCUGUUUUUCGUAGAACUAUAAAGCGUGAACAAAGACUAAAUUUGGAAAAAAAAAAAUAUGUGAACGUCAGCUCCUCCCUCCCUAAUGGCUGUUUAAUCAAGCGUAUUAAACGCGGAAGUAGGAAAGCGUGACAAAAAUACAAGAUUUAGUAGCUUCUCUUCUUUUUUGCCUAGCGAGUCACGCAUUACAACACCGACAUGCGCAUAAGUCACAUGAAUCAUUCCCUGGCAUGACACCAGGUCACGCCCUCUACCAGUUGUUCGCUGCAUAUUAUGCGCAAUUCUUGGCAGUAUCUGUGUGCAUCCUUGUGGAAGUUUAUCGACAAACCGGAAGCGAAGUAUGCGUUUUAGGAAUUCUACCGGAAGUGGCACAAUAAUCUAGAUUGACGUCACACAUUGAUAUAAUAUAAUCAUAUCCUUAGCUCAUGGUGCUCUUGCUGAUACGCAUUUUUGUAGAGAACGUAAAUUUUAUAGUUUUUUUUUAGAUCCGUGCUUAUCGCUACUGGAUAAAGUAGGUGAUUUUUUAAAGGUUUUAAAAGUUUCUUUUAUAAAUUCAUAUCCUAUCAACACGCUGACAUUGAGGUCAAAAGGUUUGAUUGCCCAGUCAAGCGUAUUAUACUGAGUGUCGAAUCGUGAGUAUAAUAAACUCAAUACUCGGUCUACGCAAGAAAUCUAAAGGAUAUAUCACCUGAUCACAGUUGUCAUCUUGGUUUGCAAGGCACGUAUUUUAAGUGCGAAACUCUAACGAAAAUCACGAGAGAGAAUAGACUACAGCGCCGAGGGUUCGGGAUCAAAGCUUCUACUACGUACGCGGUUAUAAUCUACGACCAAGCCACGAAAUUCCUUCCCACCAAUUGCCAACCCCUCGGUUGUCUGUUUCCGUUUCGCUUUACGAGGAUCUAUUUAAGCUUCCCCACGACCAUCCUUGAACAUAGUUAUGUCAGACACUAGACACAGCAGACGCGCCAACAUGGCGGUGGGAGUCUUCCUCCUUGUUGGUACUGUCAUCACAAAUGCAUACGCUGUGGGCUCAGGGAUAGGGGAACCAGCCUACUGUACCACGAGACCUCAAGCUCUCCCAGUCGACCCUAUCCAUAACCGGUACUUGCCGUACUUCGCACUCAUUUACCAGUGCGGCGGAGGAUGUUUGGGGUCGCCGAAAAUCCUCACUUGCCGUAACAUUAGCUCUGAAGAGGUCUUCGUUGAUGUACUAGAUGAGAUAACUCUAUCAAUGGUGAGGUUAAAGAUGUAUAAUCACACAAAGUGCAAUUGUGGAUGCACUACUUCUCCUAUGGAUUGUAGCCAACACCAAAGAUUUGAUGAAAAUCAAUGCAGGUGUACAUGUGACCUCCCCGAUGCGCCCUGUGAAAAAUAUUUCAUUUGGGAUAAGGAUUUGUGUAAAUGCAGAUGUAACCGGGCUCCCAUUCCAUGUGGCGACGACUCAAAGAUUCGGCUAUGGGACGAGGAAAGCUGCGGGUGCACCUGCUCACAAAGAGUAGUAAAACGGUGCGCGCGAAAGAACAAGGACCUGGAUUUAUCAACAUGCCAAUGUGUAGACGUCCAAGCCUUACAACGUGUAAACCAAUCAAACGAAAGUCGUGACAGGAUGUACAUCACUUUUCUUGUGUUAUGCGGAUUCUGUAUUAUCGUUCUCGUUUGUAUCAUGGUUCACUACAUACGCAAGUCACGUAAGCAUCAACACUCAACGGCAGAACCCUUCCCCACUCCCCUAACGAAACAAGUCCUCUCACGGUCAGAUUCAGGCAACGUCAGCAGCUGCUCACACACUAGUGCAGGUGACGUCAGAAAGCUUCCAGAGAAGACCAGACUUGACAGUAACUCGAACGGAAGCAUAGGGCGAAGGAUAGACCCUUCCCGAGAUGCAGUGCGGCCGCCAAGUUACGGAGUGUGCGUCACACUAAUAGGGAACCCUAACAGUAAAAGCACGUGACAUAUCAUGUGACAUAUCAUGUUCUUAAUGAUAAUCUAAUAACUAAUAGUGUGCCAUAUUGGACACACGAUAUACACACCUGUUUGUACAUAACAUAUAUAAUACAGUUAUAUAUAAUAAUCAGUUAUCAUUCCUUGUAACUCUUGGAUCUAUUCUUAAUUCAUAUCAGGAUACCUGUGUAAUUUCACAUUCUCACAUGACGCAUCUUGGUGCCACUGUUGCACUCUGGGAAACUUCUCAAGUUACCCAUUUGAAAGCUAGCAUUGCUAGCAAGAUUGAUUCGGACUAAAGGCUGUAUUAAAAAAAUCUUGAUCUUA